AGGAUGGAAGGGCUCUGCCUGCUCUUGGCAGCUCUCUCCGCUGCGGCGCCCGGACAAGGGGCAGCAAGCCGGGGGACAGCAGUGUCGGCAACAUCCCAGGUGCAUGACGGCAUCCCCCACUUCAGCAUUCCCACCGCCCCCGUGGAGCCAACGGGACCCCCCAGCACCCCGGCUGGAAACACCUCGGUGGCACCAGGUGCCGGCGCGGUGCGGCUGGCGGGCGGCCGGAGCCGGUGCGAGGGUCGAGUGGAGCUGGAACGAGCGGGUGCCUGGGGCACGGUGUGCGACGACGCCUGGGACCUGAGCGACGCCGACGUCGUGUGCCGGCAACUGCGGUGCGGCCGGGCCGUCCGCGUCCACGGCGGUGCCGCCUUCGGCCGCGGCGACGGCCCCAUCCUCCGGGAUGACUUGGGCUGCGAGGGGGACGAGGAGAAUCUCUGGGACUGCCCGGCCUCCCCGGAGCACGACUGCAGCCAUAAAGAAGACGCCGGCGUGGUGUGCUCAGAGCACCAGGAAUGGCGGCUCACCGGCGGCCAGGAUGGUUGCGCCGGGCGGGUCGAGGUCUUUUUCCGCGGCACGUGGAGCACGGUGUGCGACAGCACGUGGUACAAGCUGGAGGCCAGCGUGCUGUGCCGCACGUUGGGGUGCGGGGAGCCCCUCCGGCAGCUUUCCUUCGGCCACACGCUGCCCAGCAAGAUGCUUUACCAGUGCGAGAGCCAGCGGCCGUCGCUGGCCCACUGUCAGUGGACCUACAAUAAAUCGGCUCCCUGCCACCAGUCCCGGGCAGUCGGUGUGGUCUGCAAUGGCUCCCAGGGCUUGCAGACACCGACGCCGACGGCCGUGGUGACACCGAGCAACGUCACGGUCCUGAGUGCUGGGGAGGGCUCCCCGGCCGUGGGGACACAGUCCCCGCUGCACGUGCUCCUCUUCGUCCUCUGCCUGGUCCUGGGGGUGCUGCUCCUGCUCUCCGUGCUGGCCCUCACCGCCGCCCUGCUGCGGGUGAGGAAGAUGAGCGCCCACGCUGCGUCCUCCCUCGGGCUGGCCGCGCCGGUGCGGUUGACCCACGGUGCCGAAAGCCCCAACACGCCCUCUGGGACCUCCAAUGACUACCGGGAGAUGCCCCCCAGCCUUCCCAAAGGUCCAGACCCACUGCUCGCAGCCCUUCCCGCUGCCAAGGACUCCGACGACUCUGACUACGAACACUACGACUUCAGCACCAAGCCACCUGUGGCCCUCUCCACCUUCUACAACUCGCUGCGCCGGCAGCCCGGGGACCAGUUGCUCCCGCUGAUGCCCAGCCAGGAUGGGAUGGAGCCAUUCCCUGCGGAGGUGCCGGCCAAACUGGGCCCCCCGUCCUGCGGCAGGGCGAGCAGCUCCUCCACCUCCUCUUCCUCCUCUUCCUCCACCGAGCUCUAUUGCAAUGACAACGCGCCCCCCCCACACACCUGGGGCUGCCCCCUGCCCCCUGGCGAUGCCACCCACCAGCACCCAGCACCCAGCACCCACGGCUACACCAACUACCCUGGCUCAGGUCCCCCAGCAAUGCCCCGUGCCCCCACCCCAGUGCUCUCCCACUGCCCGGUACCCGUGUCCACAGCAGACUCCCCCCCCGCCGACAGCUCCAGCACCUCCUCGGGGGAGUGGUACGAGAACGUGCAGGGCGUGGAGCCGCCCGGGGACCCCCCCACAUGCCCUGGCUGGCCGGCUCCCUCCUGCCCCUCGGGGGGUCACACGCAGGACCCUAACUCCUCUGAAGGCAGCGACUACGAUGACAUCCAGGGCUCUACCUACUGAGGCUGCCUGGAUGUCACACACAGAGGGGACCUGGCUUGGGGGGGGGACAACACCUGGCAGGGGACCUGUGCUGAGAUUAAAAUCUUUUCCUGGCGGGUCA